AUGAGUCGAACCUUGUCGACAAAGUUAGUUUCAGUGGUAGUAAUAGUUUUUUCGUUUUACGCGUCAUUUCUCGACGCAUUCCCGUGGACACCGAAGUUUAAUAAACUACUCGUAUUUUCGGAUUCUUAUGGAGAUGAUGGAAACGUGUACAGAUUAUCGAAUGGAACUUGGCCACCUUCAUUUUAUUAUAAAGGUGGAUUCUCGAAUGGUCCACUUUGGACAGCUCAUCUGUCACAAAGGCUUUCGGCUCAAUUAGAAAAUUACGCGUACGGUGGUUAUUCUGGCGCAGAUGGAAACCUCAAAGUUCCAGGAAUAAAGCAACAAGUUAAUACUUUCACGGCCAAGGUUUCUAACCAAACUGAUCUUAGUCACACUCUGGCUGUGUUUUGGCCGAUUGGAAAUGAUUACGUAUUCACAAACUAUACAGCUGCUCCCUCGGAUGUAGUAACAAGAUUAGCUUCCGCUUGGACUCUUGUAUACGCUAAAGGAGUUCGACACUUUUUGAUACCAAACCUUUUCGACAUUUCACUCCUUCCAAUCUUCAAAGGGUCAGCACCAUCUUUUCUCGCUUUGCUCAAAGACAUUUAUCAAAAAAAUAACAAGGAACUCAAAAAAGCGAUCAAGACCUUCGAAGCAUCGCAUCCUGACGUGAGAGUCUACGCUUUCCAAGCCGAUCAAUUUUGGGUCUAUUAUCGAAAAGUGCAAGCUUCUAGACUUGGUAUCACUAACUUCGAAGAUGGGUGUGCGAGUACUUAUGAAAGCAAACCGUUGACUAUUUGUUCGAAUCCGGAUAGUUAUUUCUAUUGGGAUGGCUUUCAUCCUUCGGCAAAAGUUCAUCAAGCUAUUGCUGCUGGCUUUUAUGCGUCUUUAGGUUGA